AUGAGUUAUCCCACUUCAGUGUCACAAAGCGAGAUGAACAACCUUACCAGAGAUGUGCAAACUACGUCGAUGUCUUGCGCAGAGAAGGAUGUAACAAGAGGUUAUUUCGACCAGUCCACGAAGGAUAGCUCGAAACAUGCACAUCUUACAAAGGUGAAUGCAAAGCACUCACUUCACAGGUGCGUCUUCAAGAAGCCAUACAAAAGCAAGAAAGUUGCGGAAGAACAAAGGAAGACUCUGAACACACAGCUUAGACAGAAAUUCAUUUCGCCAUCAGACAACUUGCUUUCACCAUGCUCAAGGAAACUGAAUGAUCAUAAGUCAAAACUAUUUGUUGCCAAAUCGCAACCCAAAAGACUCGACUUUGCACACAGCAAGCAGAGUAUACUGACCAGUUCAAAGGUGGUUGCCGAAUCCGAUAAUGACUGCGAUGACGACGAUUUGUUUAUUAGCUAA